CCACCAGUUGUCACGCCCUUCCAGUGAAACACAUCAGCAUGAGACACCACGGCAACACCAACAGACAGGAAGAGAUAGCACCAAAAACCACUCCAAACUCACACAUGGUUUCCUCUCUGUGACUUGCCAAAUGCUUAUCUCACAAACAAAAGGAAGGCACUUCUCUUGAAGUACUACCAUGUUCUGUGUUAAAGUAAAGUGUUUGUAGACAUAGCAUAGCCAAGUCUUCAGGACUUUCUGCUUGAAGGGCCCCAGACAGCAGGCAUAGGUAAGGACCUGUGCAGCAUGCUAAAAUAAGAUCAGAGAAGUCCCGGUUUGUGUUGUUUUGUGGAAUCCCCUGCUCUGAACUGUUACUUCUUGGGAAAUACUACCUAAGCAGAAGCAGGGCAUUUGCAGCAUGGUGACUAGACUUGCAGAAGUCCCGUCUGAUUGCACCCUGUGAAAGCAGGAGAAUGAUGAGAUGUAGUAUGCUGUAGUUGCUGUGGGUCUUUGGUUGUUCCUCAUUUUGGAGUUGAGGUCAGUGUACAGUGUAGAUAUGCCCCCACACUCACUCAGCACACGCGCUCAGGCGCAUGCAUGCACACACACAAACACAUACGCACACUCAGAGAGUCGCACACACUCGGGUUCCUGUACAAGACGCAGACUUCGGAAGACCACAAGAGAAGAUUAAAGAGAGAGAAAGUAAAAUCAACUGUAGGAAGGACAGCAGGAACUUGCAGUUGCAGGGGGCAGAGGACACGACCGGCUCAAGUACCGUCGGCGAGCGACAGCCAGCCUACCAAUAAGCCAGCCAGUCAUCCAUCUGUCCAUCCCUCCCGCCAUGGACUCCUUUUCGAGCAGAGCAGAGGACCUGCCACCCGCCCUGCCAGCCAAACAACGCAGGAGUCUGUACUCUCGAAGCUCCAGCACCAGCUCUGUUGACCGGAAGUCCAGAGCAAGCUCCAUGGUCCUCCCCUCUCCGUUGCCCUCUCCUGACUUGACCCCCGGCUCAUUCUCUGUCCCCACCUCGCCUUGCUGUGACUGCUUCGCACCGCAGUGCCCCAUACACCACCGCUAUGAACAUUCUGAUUGCCACCAGGAGAGAUAUUUCUCAGAGAAUACCCCUCCCCCUGUUCCCAAAAAGAGACUGGCCCGCACCAUGUCCCUGCCAGAAGAGUUCCCUGGCUCUUCUUACACCCGUCCCACCCUUCUGCCUCAGUUCAACCCUCUAUCCAGGUUGUCCCCUCUCGAGGACGCAGUGUUUGACCCAGGCUGCAGUGCCGAAGAGGAGGCUCCUGAGGAACAGCUGGACGUCGCGUCUCCACCCCAACUCCCUCAGCUAGGUUUUGACACUCCAGAUGAGCAGCUACCCUGCUUCUUCUCGAACCUUGGCGACCAGGCGCAGGUGUCUGAGAAGCUCCAACAGCGCCUCCUGCUUUUCCUGCGGAGUACUGUGGAAAAAAUAGAGAAGGGGGUCGGGAUAGCGGAUGCCAGCCUGGGGCAGAUCCAGCCCCAGGACCUCUUGCUGUGCCAGGAUGACCUGUUCUUGCAUGCCCAGGACGGCGUAUGGCACUACAGAGUGAGAUGCCCCAAUCUGCAUGAACAGGAGUUUGAUAUCAAGGUGAGCACAGCAUCACCUUUACCUCAGCAUCCCCAUGCCAAUGUUCAACAGGUGGUAAGUCAUUUCCCAGGUGGUCCAGUUACAGACCUACUCCUGGCACCAGAGAGGGAAAGAGGAACUUUGUCCCCAAAUUGGCCACAAGGUGGCAGCAGUCAGGCAGAAAUGCAGAGAGAGCCUUCAGUCCUGUCUCUGCUCAAACAGGAUUACCAUGUCACGGUCAGCAGAGACGUGCCUCAGGGCGACCUGGAGGGGUUUGUGCUGGAGGGGAGAGCUCUCCACAGCAGUCACCCUGAGGUGUACCACAGGCGGCUAGUCCUCCUGCUGCUUCAGGUGAGCCAGGCUCUCCUGCACCUUAUGACACACGGUAUUCAGGUGGCUGACCUGGACCCACCUAGCAUCCGUCUGUCCUGGGCAGAAAAUGAUGGUGGCAUUGAGAAGCUGAAGAGGAGGGAGACUGGGGAGUCACAGGAGAGUAAUGAAGGAAUGAACAAAAGAAGGAACAACUGUGAGAGGAAGGACACAGCGGAAAAGCAGGAAGAUAAGCAUUUGGGGAACCUUGAGAACCUCUGGAUGAAGCGGGGGACCCCUCGAGUAGUGUUGACCUUAUGCCCUUCUACAACCAAUUCAUCUCAGCCAGUCACCUCACACCAGAUUAAGCUGGGCCGGCUGCUUCAACACUGUCUGCACCUCCCAGAUGCCCACAGGAGCUGCACACUACCAGACUCUCCCUACUCUGAGGGCCUCAUGUGCCUCCUCUCCCAGCUCCUGAUUCCGGAGAACCAGCUGCAAAUGACCGACACAGCCCCCUUCCUCCAGGCUCUUCUCUGGGGCCCACGGGCCUCUCUCUUCCAGCACAGCCUCCCCAACCCCACCACUGUCCACAACUGGCUGCUGGUCAAACGCUCCCUCCUGCUUCUCAAGCUGGCCGAGAGAGGUCUGUUCUCAGAUCAGUCUUCUGUGGACUGGGAGGCUUACCUCUGCCUUCAAUACUUCAGCCUCACUGAUGCCCAUACUGUGCUUAAUGCCACUGCGAAGCUGGGCCUCCACCACACAGAGAUAUGAGACUGGCUGGCUGGGUUUGAUGCUACUGGGGCUGCUGUUGUGAUAAAUGCCAUUGCUAGGGCUCUUCCACUGAUCUCCUCUCUGAAUGUAACAAAGUUACAGAUAAGCUUUUCGUGGAAGGAGCUUGCAGGAUAUGAAAUGUCAUAAGAAUGCUACAAAACCGAGUAAAUAAGUAAACUAAGGCCAUGUUGGUUGUUCAUUUAGUUUUCUUUUUAACCUUCUUCUGAGUUUGAAGAAUCAUGCGCUACAGUUGCUACAUUCAAUUAUUAAUAACUGCCCCUGACACACAGAUAAGUGCUCUGGUUCAGUAUUUUCAUCUUCCUCAAACAGCAAUGAAAGAAAUCUGUCCCUGC